CACACAGACAGAGCAACACAUACAACCUUCAGCACAACACUCCCACUCGACCGCGCUCAGAAACCCAACCGACGAGGCGACGACGAUGUCGCUCGUGAGGCGCAGCAACGUGUUCGACCCCUUCGCCGACUUCUGGGACCCCUUCGACGGCGUCUUCCGCUCCCUGGUCCCGUCCAUCGCGCCGUCGGACCGCGAUAACGACGCCUUUGCCAGCGCGCGCAUCGACUGGAAGGAGACCCCCGAGGCGCACGUCUUCAAGGCCGACCUCCCCGGCGUCAAGAAGGACGAGGUCAAGGUCGAGGUGGAGGACGGCAACGUCCUGGUCAUCAGCGGCCAGCGCAGCAAGGAGAAGGAGGACAAGAACGACAGGUGGCACCGCGUCGAGCGCAGCAGCGGCCAGUUCAUGAGGCGGUUCCGCCUGCCGGAGAACACCAAGGUGGACCAGGUGAAGGCCGGGCUGGAGAACGGCGUGCUCACGGUCACCGUGCCCAAGGCGGAGGAGAAGAAGCCUGAGGUCAAGGCUAUCGAGAUCUCCGGUUAAGCGGCCAUGGACGCGGGAAGAAGCUGUGACGAUAAUGCUCCGGUUCUGGUCCUGAUUGCUUGAUAUGUCAUGCAUGAUCUACUACGUAUUUCCCUAUGGUUGAGUAAUCUGCAAUCAAUGUUCUCCCUGUGUAAUUGUGUUGAGCAUAUAUAAAAGUAAAUAAAGCAUCAUCUGCAUCGAGGGUGUUAACAGACUAUGAG